UGUAGGCAAUCAAUCAUGUUUUUUCCUCCUUUGUUAUUGUUACCUAGCUUUGCCACGUACGUGCUGGGAGUUACCGUCUACAUGGCCGGCGAUUCUACCAUGGCCGAAGGUGGUGGAGGCUCGGGAACUGACGGCUGGGGUCAGUAUUUAGGCCAAUAUUUGUCUGUCGCGGUCGUGAACAAAGCUAUUGCUGGUCGCAGUGCACGGAGCUAUACCGACGAAGGGCGUUUUGAUACAUUCAUCGACACUGUCUCUAGCGGUGACUACAUCGUGAUCGAGUUUGGACAUAACGAUGGAUUAUCCGGUGCUGUAGAUAAUGGACGUGAGGAUGCUUAUGGGGACGGCUACAAUACAACGGCAACAGUGACCACCUCAGAUGGCGAAAGCUUGGUCAUUCACACUUUCCCAUACUAUAUCCAGAAUGCUGUCUCCUCUCUCCAGGCCAGAGGCGCCAUCCCCAUAGUCUCGUCACAAACCCCUGACAACGAUUGGGACAACGGAGUCAUUACUGAUCCUCCCCGCUUCGUUGCAUAUGCGGAGACGGCUGCCACCCGCACUGGAGCAACGUACAUAAACCACUACACUUACGUGGCGCAGGCAUAUGAAGCCCUCGGAGAGACCGUUGUAGAUGAAUAUUACCCUCUCGACCAUACUCACACAUCAGUAGAGGGUGCCAACGUGGUAGCUGAGGCGUUCGUGAGAGGGUUGCUUUGCGGCAAUAGUGAUUUGGCGCACUACGUCAAUUCUGCCGGACAGGCUGUUCCCAGUGAUUGCUUAUAGUUUCAAUUUGGAUAACUCAUACUUUCAUUCCUGGAGUUCGAAUGGGAAGCCAAACCAAGAUCAGCGUUCAUUAAUCAAUUAUAAGAUGUGGAACAAGCGCUCGAACCAGGUGUUAUGUGUACAACUAGGCCUGGAAAUUAUCACCUGACAGAUCUGC